AUGAACCUUAUGCCAGAUCCAACCACAGACGAACCAUUAUCAUCCACUGCUUCAAGGCUAUCCAUAUCACAGGAUGAUGCUGGCCGACUGCAGGUGCGUGAAUUGUUGAUGGAUGAUGCUUCAGCUGUCUCAGAAGAGGACGCAAUUGAUGUCCCUACCCAACAUAAGCGAAGAAGAUCUUCAGCAAAGGAAAAGGUGCAUAAAAAGAAAUUGAAAAAAAAGAAUGCUGUACCUAGCCUAGUAAUUGACUUAAAGGAGGGUAGACUCCCUGUGAAAAACAUAAGACCUUUGAUUUUGCAAGUGUUUAAUGUCGGUCAGAAGCAGAGCUGGUGUAAAAUUGAACACCCUGAGAAGGUGAAAAAUGUUUGUGUUUGUUUUGCUCAUGGCAUUGAAGAGAAAGAUCCAAUAAAGGAGCUCCCAUUUAUCCAAAAUUUCACCAACGUGAUUAAAUCAGUGCUUCCCGGAAGUAAGGAUUAUCUCUACGAUCCAUUAAAUACAAUCUGCUCCUUACCGCUCACCAAAAAUGAAAAGAAAGCAAUUCUAGAUAAACUGAAACUGGAAAAGAUUACCAUAAAAGAUCUAUUACUCGGUGAAAAGCAAUUGCAGGAAUUGGAGUAUCCCACCGUAGGUUCAAAAACAAAGCCACUGCCAACAGGACAGUCGCGAAUUUUUGCCCUAGAUUGCGAGUUUUGUAAAGCAGAGAAUAUACAUGUGUUGACACGCAUUUCUUUGAUUGACUUUGACGGAAAUGUGGUGUUUGAUGAAUUGGUUAAACCAGUGGAGGAAAUUACCGAUUAUGUCACUAAAUAUUCGGGUAUCACCAAGGAGUUACUACAAGAUGUCAACACGUCAAUCGAACAAAUUCAACAAUUGUUUUUGGAAACUGUUUUUCAGGAAGACAUCCUAGUUGGCCAUUCUUUGGAAUCCGAUUUACGGGUUAUGAAAAUCGUCCAUGAAAAAAUAGUCGAUACUGCUAUCACAUAUGAACAUGCGAGGGGCCCCCCAUCAAAACCAUCUUUAAGAUGGUUGACAAAAACGUUUCUUGGUAGGGAGAUACAAGCGGGGGAGGACAACGGCAAUGGCCAUUCGUCGGUCGAAGAUGCUAAAGCAUGUUUAGACUUGGUGAAGUUGAAGAUUCAAGAAGGAAGAUGUUUUGGAACCAAUGUGGGUGAAAUUCCCAUCUUUGAAAGGCUAACGCAAAAGGGGGUUAAACCAUUUCUUGCUGCGUAUACCCCACAAGCAUCAGCUAAUGAAGUAGUUGUCACCAAUGAUGAUGAUAUAGUGGAAGCUGUACAAUCGCACACUGCCGACCUCAGCAUCAUUGAGUUAAAGGACUUACAAUAUAACCUUCAGUGGGAUACCCCAUCUGAGUUUUACGAUGGUAUAUUGGACUAUAAUGUCACAGAAGCAUACAAGAGGACCAACUCACGACUCGAAUCCAUUUAUAAAUUAUUACCAGAACAUACUCUAUUUAUCCUAAUCUCACAACUGUCCAACCCCACAGUGAUGCAAAAAUUGCGCAAGAUUCGUGGCAACUUUCAACGACUAGAAAGAGAAGGUGUAUUGGAUUUGUCCCAGUUGCCCAAGGAGGAACUGUGGGAUGCCGACAAAUCAGAUCAAUUAGUUGCCGAAACUACCAAGGCAAGGGAAUCGUUAAUGUUUAUAAAAAUAACCUAA